GAAGCAGAGGAGCAGCUGCAGCUGAAGUCAGCAUGGCAUCAGGAAAGUCCACACAAAAAUAUCUGCUGAAGGCUGAGGAAGGGCAGCAAGUGAGUGCUGUCGAUCGGGUAACCCGCUUGCCUUUGCUCAACUCUGCAUUCAACCUGGUCUCAUCUGCCUACAGCCACACCAAGGAGACGCAUCCUUGCCUCAGCAGCGUCUGCAGCGUGGCUGAGACCGUGGCUGCUGUCGCGGUAGGCAGCGUGGUUGGUGGGGCACAGCCCAUCCUCAACCAACUGGAGCCACAAAUUGCACUCGUAAAUGAAUACGCCUGCAAAGGACUGGACCAGCUGGAGGAGAACUUGCCUUUUCUUCAACAGCCAGCAGAUAAGGUCAUCUCGGACACCAAGCAGCUGGUUUCCACCAAAGUGACAUCCGCUAUGGAUGCUGCCUGUGAGGCAAAAGAAGCAAUGGCUGAUAAAAUGACCGAAGCUGUGGACCUCACCAAAAAUGUUGUCGGGGACAGCGUCAAGCUGACGAGGUCAGUGGUCACCUCCACUGUGCACAGUGCUGUGGAGGCUGCCCAGGGCGCGAAGGACCUUGUGACCAACAAGGUGACCAAAGCGGUGGACCUCAGUAAGCACAUGGUGGAAGACAGCGUUGAGCUGACCAAGUCUGCAGUUGCCUCUACUAUUGUCAAUGCUGUAGAGGCUGCUCAGGGUGCCAAGGAGCUUGUGACCAACAAGGUGACGGAGGCCAUGGACCUCACUAAACACAUGGUGGAGGACAAUGUUGAACUGACCAAGUCUGCAGUUGCCUCUAGUAUUGUCAGUGCUGUAGAGGCUGCUCAAGGUGCAAAAGACCUUGUAAACAACAAGGUGACGGAGGCUGUGGACCUCAGUAAACACAUGGUGGAAGACAGCGUUGAGCUGACCAAGUCUGCAGUUGCCUCUACUAUCAAUGCUGCCGUAGGGGCUGCCCAGGGCGCAAAGGACCUUGUGACCAACAAGGUGACCAAAGCAGUGGACCUCAGUAAGCACAUGGUGGAAGACAGCGUUGAACUGACCAAGUCUGCAGUGGCUUCUACUAUUGUCAAUGCUGUAGAGGCUGCCCAGGGUGCCAAGGAGCUUGUGACCAACAAGGUGACCGAAGCAGUGGACCUGACCAAAGGAGCUGUUCACGAUGGUGUUGAGAAGACCAAAUCAAUGGUCACUUCUACAGUCAAUACAGCUCUGGGUGCUGCAUACGACACCAUUGCCAGCAAAAUAACUACAGCCUUGGAGCAGAGCAGAGAGGCCAUGCAAGAGGGCGUGGAGAUGACUAACGCAGUGGUGGCCAACAGCAUAAGCAAAGCCAAGGCAGUGAGCCAAGCAGUGGCAGGCGGUGUGGAAUCUGUUUUGGGCAUAUCAGAAGAUCUGGUGGAUCACUACCUCCCAAUGACUGAGGAGGAACUAGGUAAGCUGGCCACUGCUGUGGAGGGAUUUGGCAUGGCUUCUGUGGAGGAACAGAAACGGCAACGGAGUUACUUUGUGCGCCUAGGCUCCCUCUCUAACAAAGUCCGACGCCGAGCCUAUCGGCACUCCCUCAGCAAACUGCAGCGCAUUAAGCAAAGCACCCAAGACACUCUCUCACGACUACAGCUGGCAAUAAUACUGAUUGAAUCUGUGAAGCAAGAGGUUGGCCAGAAGCUUCUGGAUGGCCAGGAGAAGCUCCAUCAGCUGUGGGUGGACUGGUGCCUGACCCAACCCAAAGGAAAUCAAGUUAAAACUGCCUCCCACGCAGAGCAGGUAGAGUCACGGACUCUAGCUAUGCUGCACAUCACCACCCAGCAGCUACGGCCUGUUUACGAGAACCUGAAAGCCAGCAUCCAUGGCCUCCCCAGCAACGUCCAAGAAGCUGUGUAUCAGGCCACUCGAAAUAUCCACAAGCUCCAUAGUUCCUUCUCCAAUGCUAUGUCUUUCCAGGACCUCUCCAGCACCACCCUGACCCAGAGCCAGGCCCAUGUGGCAGAAGCCCGACGGUCCCUAGAUGAUCUGUUUGAAUAUGUAACUCGGAGCAUCCCUCUCAACUGGCUGGUGGGUCCCUUCAGGGCGGCAGCUAAAGCGUCGCGGGACAGCAGAAAGGAGAGAAAGAAAAACACAGUGACUGGUAAAAAAUCACUUGUGUCAGAAAAGCCUACAGCAUCAAAGGAGGUGGCAAAGUCACCCAAAGAACCAAAGGGAACACGCAAGAUCCCACGGAAAGGGUGUGAAGUGCUGGAGAAGCUGGAAGAGAAGGCAGAGAAAGACACAGAGGUGGCACGGGCUGGAAAGGGGAUAACUAACUCACCACGGGAAGAGCUCUGAAAAACUCGAGCUCUUC